AUGAAGUCCAUCUCUGUACUCGGCCUCGCGGCCGCAGCCUCUGCCUUUAUCAUUCCUGAUCAGGAGACGCUCAAGUCCCUGACAGUCGAGCCAGAACACGAUUCCCAUCCUUUCUGGGAUAAUAUCCCCUGUGCAGAGCGAAUCUGGGAAGAUCUUGAGACCAAGUUCGAUCAGGCCACCGACGCAGCCAAGCAGUACUAUGAUGAGGCUGUCGACUUCACCUACGACACUGCUGUGGAAUACGGCGAGAAGUUUGAACAUGCCUUCGCUGGCCAGUCAUGGCUUGAUUCUGCUCAAGACGAUGUCGAUGUUUUCGAUAAACCGCCCCAUGAUGGCCCGCCGCAUCACGGCCCACCCCGCCAUCGUCGUCCUCACCACCCUCCUCACCACGGUCCUCCCAAUCAGACGGUAUAUGAAUUGAUCUCAAAGAGCAAGUACACAACCAAACUGGCCAAGGCUAUCGACGAGUUCCCAGAUCUGGUCAAACUGUUGAACGGCACCACUGCCAACUUCACUGUCUUUGCUCCCACCGACCAUGCUUUUGAGAAGAUCCCCAAGCACGCUCCUAAGCCGCCCAAGGAGUUCCUCAAGAAGCUACUCACCUACCAUGUUUCCCCCGAGUUCUAUCCGGCUGGCAGAGUUCUGUCGUCUCGCACUAUUCCCACUGCCCUCGAGGCCGAGGGCAUUGGUGGCAACCCGCAGCGUCUAGCCACCGAGAUCAGCUUCCGUGGUCUGACUGUCAACUUUUACUCCAGGAUUGUCGCCAUCGACAUUUUUGGAACCAACGGUGUUAUCCAUGGCAUCGACAGUAUCCUUCUGCCUCCGCCCAAGGUUGUCACCAUCAUUGAAGCUCUUCCUGGCGAGUUUAGCACUCUUGAUCUUGCUCUCACUAAGACUGGACUACUGGAAAAGUUCAACGACACUUCUCUGCAUGAGGGUGGAACUCUUUUUGCACCCUCCAAUGGAGCUUUCCAGCGUCUUGGCCCCCGGAUCAACGCCUUCCUGUUCAGUAGUUAUGGACUCAAGUAUCUCAAGGCCUUGAUCAAGUAUCACAGCGUGCCCGACAUUACUCUCUACAGCGACGCCAUUUACAAGGCCAAAAAGGAAGAUAGUCCUCGUCAUGGACCACCCAAAGGCUUCUUCCACAUCGACUUGCCCACAGCUCUCAAGGACAAGUCUCUCAGUGUGGACAUUGCCCGGUACGGCCGUCUCAUCACCAUCAAGAUCAACGGUUUCUCGCGAGUUGCUGUUCCUGAUGGUAUCGCCUACGAUGGAGUGAUUCACGUUCUGCCCAAUGUUCUCAUUCCUCCCAAGACUCCUGGUGGCGCUGGCGUUGCUGACGAUGACAUGGAGCUCGAGGAGUUCAAGGCGAGGAUGGCACCUCUUCUAGACAACUCCGACCUGGAUGAGAACGACCUGGAACUGUAA